GGUUGCCAUUGGCACCCGGGCAACAGUUAAUUUCCAGCCCUGCCUUGGCUGGAGGCCCUCUAGAUUUUGAGGACCUAAGCUUCAGCCUGGUAGCUUGUGGGUAAAUCCGGCUCAGGAGACAGUCUUGUGAUCGCAAAGAACCGCCAUCUCGCCGGAGACACCCAGUGUGUCAUUGAGGGCCCCCACACAGAAAGGUCUUCUGGUACCUGCCGCCCCCCGUUAACAGUUUGUGAAGUCAAAUGCUGCUCACGGGCAAAGUAGUGGCAAGAGACUGAACUCGAAACUGCAUUCAGUAGGGAAUUGCUAAGUGAGACACUUUCGCUCAGCUUUCGUGUGGGCGUGUGGCCAUUACAGUCCAAACUCCAAAAUACUUGCCACGACACUGCUUUUUAAGCACAGCAGAAAAAUAAACUGACCGACGUUCAAAAUGCUUAUUGCUGAACUUAACACGUUCUGCAGAACGACUGCUUAAACUUCUGUUAAUAAAGUUUCCCACCCACUGAACAUGAGUAAGAAAAGCAAUACAAUGCAUGUUGAUCUGAUCAAGACUCAUAAAAGCACGGAAGCAUAAAAAACAGUGGUAAAGCAUCAUUUACACGUCAUAUGUCCGGUAAAGGCAGAUAUCAGAGGUAUAAAAAUGACACGUUUGUUGUUACGAGAGAAACAGACAGGGUAGAUGGUGACAUACUGUCUCCUAGGUUUGAAAUGUCAAAGACGAGAGAGCAUCGCUUUAAGAUGAUAUUUGUCGCAUUUGUGGUUUGAUGCUAUGUGAGUAGUUGCUCGGUCUCUCCAGUCAGUAAGACUGAAAUUCAUGGAAUACCUUCCGCAUUCCAGUCCAGUUUCCUUUGAGCAACCCUCAGCAGCACAUGAACAGGUUUCGAAUAUCCUUCCCGUACAGAUAUCCCCGCGGGCAUUGGAGUCGUCUCUGAGAAUUGUUGAAGACGUAUCGGCAAAACUGAGCUCCCAGCAUAGCCAGUCCGGUGAGAUUCAAGAUCUGACUUCAGCGCUGACAGUUCAGGAGGGGGCUACCAGCGGACCAUUCGGCCCAUCGUCAUCACUGCAAUCCCACUAGUGCUGCAGUCGAACGCUUCCUCGACCGGUCACUGGCGUUCCUGUGUCUCCAAUCCCGGUGCAGAGAUGAGUGAAACCUUGCAAUUGGCCGCUCUGGGCCGGCCUUUCCAGUUAGGAAUGCUGUACGACUGCCGCUCAGACACUCUGAUCCAAGGCGUCACCUUGUGGGAUUUACAGACGCUGCAGAGCAACCUUGAUCGUCGUGACCAGCCCAGCACUGAGUUUCACAUCAUUGCAUCAGACUCCAUGGAAAGCAAAUCCGCUGCCCUCAAUGUGUCAGCAUCACUGAAGGCGAGUAUCCUGGGUGGGUUAGUGGAGGUGAAAGGGUCGGCAAAAUAUCUCAGCAACACGAAGGAAUCGAAGCAACAAGCACGAGUUACCCUUCAAUACAAAGCAACAACCAGGUUUGAACAACUGACGAUGAGUCACUUAGGGAGACAGAAUAUUACCUACCCGAGUGUGUUUGAUGAGGGCUCAGCCACCCAUGUCAUUACAGCAGUACUGUAUGGGGCCCAGGCCUUCUUUGUGUUUGAUCAAAUGGCUUCAUCAGCAGAGAAGAUACAGGAUAUUCAGGGCAACAUGGAGGCAACGAUUAACCUUCUUCCUCAGAUUGCGAUUCAGGGUGAAGCUUCCCUGGAAAUGACAGAAGAACAAAAGUCACAUGCCGAGGAAUUUAGCUGCAAAUUUCAUGGGGAUUUCUCAUUGAAGAACAAUCCCACCACGUUCAAAGAAGCCAUCAAUAUCUACGCAACACUUCCACACCUCCUGGGUCCAGAUGGAGAACAUUCAGUGCCCAUCACAGUCUGGCUCUAUCCCCUCAAUAAACUCGACUCAAAAGCUGCCCAGCUGGUGAGGGAGAUCAGCGUGGGACUGGUCAGUCGCUGCCAGGAUGUCCUAGAACAGCUCAAUGAGGCCGUGAUGAGGUGCAAUGACCUGAUGAAAGACAGUGUCGCAGUUCAGUUUCCUGAGAUUAUAAAUAUUAUACUUCGAUUCCAAAAGAUGUGUCUGGAGUACAAAUUAGUUUUCCAGGGGACUUUAUGUAAAGUUUUACCGUCCAUUCGGGGCGGCGGCGCGGAGGAAGUGUUACUGGCGGACAUACUGAAGAACAGGGAGCAGUCACCAUUCAAACACCAGGCACUGACCACAUGGCUGGAUGACAAGGCACGGGAGAUGAAGGUUGUGGGACGUUACCUCAGAAUAUUGAAAGAUAUACCAGUUGUGAAAUCAGAGAGUGAGUUAGAUGACAUGUUGAUGGAUUUAGCAACAGUUUACGUGGUAUGCUUUACAUUUACAACAUUACAUAAUGAGGAUCUCUACCUGUCAGAAGCAAACAACUACCUCCAAUCUCCCACAGCUCAGAAAAUGGAGACACAACCUCCUGCUGAUGGAGCCUGUACACAACGACAACGGCAACACAACUCGUCGUUUAACUUGCCAUCUGUAUCCCGGAAGAUGAGGGAGCUAUCAGGAUCAUUCCUUGAUUUUGCCACCGCCAAUGAAGCAGAUAGGAAAAUAAAAUUUGCUGUUGGAUCUGUGCGGGAUGACAGCAACAUAGGAGCGUCAAUUUACCUGUAUGAUGGAGGAUGUCUGGAGAAUCGGUGCUUUGUUCCUCCAUCACAGCCCAAGAUACCUACGUCUAGUAGAACAACACAUGACAGUGUGACUCUGCAGUUACAGCCACCAACAUUUGGUGCCGAUGAAAUUGUGGGCUACAAGGUAGAGUACCGAGGUAGCCAGCAGGCGGAAUGGACAAUUCUGGAUACACCUGAUCAAUGCCACUCCUUCACAAUACCUGGGUUACAGCCACACCAGGAGUAUCACUUCCGAUACAGAGCAGUGACCAAGGUAGGGGUCAGCAAGGCUAGUGAGAGCUACAGGGGCAUCACCCGACCAGCAAGUCCACCUGGUAAACCAGUCUUCCAGGAUUGUUCAUCCAGCCCAACACUGCACUGGGACAGACCAGGUCAGAUUGGAGCUGAUGUUAAUAUAUUUCGGUACAGAAUUGAAUAUAGAGAAGAACCGUCAGAUAAUUUAUACAUGAAAGGUGGAUUAUGGGAGGAGGUUAAGACAACAGACACACAAUGUCACUAUUGUUUAGAGGGACUAAAACACACGACCGUCUACCGAGUCCGAGUGUCUGCUGACUGCGGUGAAACAGGGUCUAGUGAAGCAAGUGAGGAGGUUUCAAUAAAAAUAGGAAACGCGCCAAUCACAAUAGCCCGGAAACAUCGCACAGACACACAAUUAAUAUCCAAAGGAAACCCUUCCAUUUACAAGCUCAAACUACAGGAGGAGAUAGCAGAUAAAGUCAAACAGCUUGUGAAAUGCUCCUUCGGAAAACACACAAACGCACACAAAUGAAG